AUGCGCCAUCUCCUCAAAUGGUGUAUCUCCUCAUGCUAGCUGCAGGAGCGGGAGCUGUGGCGGUGGUUCUAGUCCUGCGAUUAUGGAUGGUGCUUCGUACCCAGGACGUUUCUUCCCGGCAGUCUGUCAGUCUCUUGGUGGUGGCUGGGUCGGGUGGGCACACCACAGAGAUCCUGAGGCUACUUGAGUACUUGUCCAGUGCCUACUCACCUCGACAUUACGUCAUUGCUGACACUGAUAAAAUGAGUACCAAUAAAAUAAAUGGUUUUGAACUAUAUCAAGCUGAGAGAAAGCCUAGUAACAGGGCUACCGAAUACUACAUUCACCGAAUUCCGAGAAGCCGUGAGGUUCGGCAGUCCUGGCUCUCCGCAGUGUUCACCACCUUGCGCUCCAUGUUGGUCUCCUUCCCCCUUACUUUCCGGUUGAAGCCAGAUGUGGUGUUGUGUAACGGACCAGGAACAUGUGUUCCUAUCUGUCUAUCUGCCCUUCUCCUUGGAAUCCUAGGAAUAAAGAAAGUGAUCAUUGUCUACGUUGAAAGCAUCUGCCGUGUAGAAACUUUAUCCAUGUCCGGAAAGAUUCUGUUUCAUCUCUCGGAUUACUUCAUUGUCCAGUGGCCGACUCUGAAGGAGAAGUAUCCCAAAUCUGUGUACCUUGGGCGAAUUGUUUAACAAAUGUCAAUUUACUUGAGAAUUUUGCAGUCAAACAUAAUACUUACUAUAAGUGAAAGAAAAACCUACAUGUUUUUUGUAAAAGCUUCUGAAAGUCUUGAGAAUUAUUGAUGGUGAGAAGUCAAAAUGUCUCAGUGAAGAAACUGAGGCUUCUCUUACAAAACAAACAUUAGUAAAUAGUAACCAUUAAAUG